CAAGAACAAGAAGGCUGCUCCUGCUGCUAAGUCUGUUGAGGAGGCUUGAGCGUUGAUCUUGAUGGAGGGGUUGUGUCGAGGCUAAUGUUUGGGGAUGGAUCGAAAGUCAGUCUUUACAGAGAAUAUGUUUUUCCCCUACAACUACAAAAACACGAUUGCAUUGCGAGGGAGUUUGGCGUUUUCUUCUAUCUUAUCUUAUCUUGUCUUGUCUAGUAUUGUCUUGUUCUUGUCUUUAUCGCGUUUCAAAAACAUCAGACUGCCUUCUGGCUUUGUCUUGAGCUUAAUAGAUGAGACUACUAGUUACGAAUGGAUAUAUUGCAGUCACUUCAUCCUAAAAUUAGUAUCGACGCUUUGCCAAAAAAAACUAUCUACUGCAUCGUGAAGACUAAAAUCAACACGAUAGAUACUUGCUUGGCAGGUGAAACGCAAC